AUGAUCUCUGAAAAAGAGGAAGAGGAAAAAGAUAGUGCUGUUCUUAAAAAAGGAAUAAUUAAGAUGAAAGUAAUCAAGAAAGCUGGGACGCCGAAAAUUCCUAGGAAAAAUUAUUCUGUGGAUUCUGUUAAACUGGCUUUGCAAGCAGUGGAGAAAGGAUGCUCGAUGAGAAGAGCAGCGAAAAUUCAUGGAGUCCCACUUACUUCUAUGCACAGGUUUAUUCAAAAUCCUGAAAAAAUCGAUUGCAGAACUGGACCCCCCACAGUUUUAACUUCUUCGGAAGAGCAAGAUAUUGCAAACUGGAUGAAACAAAGUGAAAAAGAAACUGGCACUUCUGUAAGUAGACAUCAAUUGUUGAAUUAUGUGCAAGAUUAUGUUUUAAAAUUAGGCAGAGAGACACCUUUUAAAAACGGAAGACCUAGCCAGCAUUGGUAUGUUGGUUUUUUAAGACGUCAUAAAGAUGUUAGGUUGAAAACUAGUGUGUUACAAACUCAACAAAAUUUUUCAUCUUGGUACACUGUGACAAAAAAAUAUUUAGAUAACAAAGAUUUAUUGGACAUUGAUGCGUCACAAGUAUUCAUGUGCGAUGAAACACAUUUGAAAUUGUGUUCUACGACUGAUGAAUUGUUGAUAGAAAAUGCUCAUGUAGUUUCUGAUGCAAGCGAAAAAAACUUUUUUACUUCGUUGUUCAUGUAUAGCGCUAGUGGCUUGAAAGUGCCUCCUAUGAUCAUGUAUCCUUAUAAAACCAAAGUUCCAAAAAAAAUAGAAGAAAAUAUCCCAGGAGGUUGGGGUUUUGGUGUCAAUUUGAAUGGUUUAGUGGCCAAGGAAUCCUUAUACGAGUACAUUACUAAGGUUUUCCACCCCUGGACUUUAGAGAAUGAUAUUGUAUUUCCAGUUGUUGUGUACUUGAAUGGAUUUUCUUCAUAUAAGACACCACUUUUGGAGCAAUUUUGUGUAGAAAAUCACAUAGAACUGAUCCCAAUAUCACUUGGUUCAAAAUAUAUAAUAAAAUCCGAAUACACUGAAUUUUUUCACACUCUAAAAAACAUAUGGAGCCAAACUGUUAUAAAAUGGAAAGCCGAAAAUAGUCCUAAACAUAUAAAAAGAGAAGAUUUUGCCAUGAUCCUGAAAUAUGCCCUAGGUGACAUGGAUCAAAAAAACUCAAUAAUUCAAAAUUGGUUUGAAAAAACUGGCUUAAUGCCGUUUAAUCCUGAAGCUGUUAACUUUAAUAGUCUCAAAGUAACUAAAAAAGUGUCAGAUAAAAAUGUGAAGUUAAUAAAAGUCGGAAAAAUAUCAGAUGAAGAGCAGUUAUUGAAGAGUUUUGAAAAAAAAUUAUCUACUGAGUUGAUGGAGAGUUUUAAAGAAUGCGAAGCAGAUCAAACAUGGACAGGAGACAUAAAAAUGACCGGAUUAUUUGAAUAUUGGCUUCAUCUAAAGACUGGAAAAACUUUAUGGUUUUAA